AUGCAUUCCGACCAAUCAUAUGAAAAUUUUAUUAUGGAACCGAUGUCACAAUUCGAUUUCCCUAGUAUUAUUAGUUCUGAAUAUAGUAAUAUACCAUCUGUAGAAACGACCCCAAAUAUAUCGCAAGAUCCUCCACCUCCCACUAUAUUAAUAAGACCAACUUAUCCACCGCAAAUUACCGUCGAUGAAUUAGUUACUUCUAAACCAAAUGGUGGUAAACCAUCUAAAUCCAGUAACGCAUUCAUUAUUUAUCGUAAGGCAUACGUAAAAGAACUUCAUUCAAGAGGAAUUAGUCUUCAGAUGACUCAAAUCUCGCCAGUAAUUUCAGAAUCUUGGAAACAAGAACCAGAAAACGUUAAAGCUGAAUAUAAACGUCUAGCUGAAGCUGCAAAGAAAAAAUAUAAAGAAAUGUGGCCACCAAAACCACGACGUCGUCAUCAAAAAAAACAACAACCGCCAAUUCCACAAACUCUUUUAUUACAAACAUUACAAACUAAUCCCUCUACUCAAUUUUUCGAUUCGUACUUUACAACACAAACAACACAAACAACACAAACACAAACAAUACAAAAUAAUCCAGAGCUUUUCGACCCAUCUUUAAUUGAUCCAUUUUAUAUUGAAUUGGAUACACUUUUGAAUAGUUUCAAUAAUCAAAAUGACAAUAUCAUAUUUUCUUCAUCUCCUUCUAAUAAUAAUCCUUUAUACAUUAAUGAAAUUAAUAAUAAUAGACCUACAAUAUCUUUGACAGAAGGAAAUGAUAAUAAUUCUGUGUUAACUUACUUAAAAAAUCUACGUUCAACCAUGUCUCAACGGAGAAGCAUGCCUGAAUCAACUAAUCGAAAAGGUCCAUUGUUGGCUUAUCAUCAGCUUAUGUCAUCAUGGCAUAAAGAAUUAAAACGUCCCGAAUCCGCUCCUUACCGUACUUUCAAUGAUGCCAAGGAAGUUCCUUUCUUCACUUUACAUUUAGUCUAA